AUAUUCGCUGCUGUUUUAUUGUUCUAAAAUAACGUAAAAAACUGUAGAAAUGUGCAUUAUUUAAGAAAACAAUGUGCGUGGAGUGCUAGUGCAAAUUUUGAGUAAUGAAAUAUUGAACCGGUGAAUGGUGGUAAUAGCAAGCAAACGCUUACCCUGGAAUUUGUGUUAUGCUGUGUAGUUAAAGUAACUGUUAACGGUCUCACAAUGCAUUUGACUAAACAUCAAUUAAAGAUAAUUCCACGCAUUCAACGUAAAUACAAUGUGUCUAUUGGAUUUUUAAAAUCGAAUUUGGCCAAUAUAGAAAAAUUCCUUUGGUAUGCAUUAAGUCCACGAUUGGUAAUCAAGCGUGUCGCUAUACGAAAAGGGAGCAAACAACGGGUUAUUUUAAACUAUUACCAUUUGCGGAGGGUUUUAUUCGAUCAAGCCGAACGCAAGGUAUUUAAAACACGAAGGCGAAAUGUACAGCUCUGGUCCAAACAAAUGGUUUCUUAUCUGCGUCGAAAAUACGGCGUUAAAGAACAUAUUGAAAUAACCUCGAUUAGUGAUAAUACAGAUACGAUAAAUAAACAACAGGAAGAAAUAGCUGGCAGUGGAAACAUGGCUCCCGACGAAGUGAGUAAACAAUUGAAAGAGCAAUUGGAAAUACUUCGUAGUGGCAAACGAACUGUGCCGCUCAUGGAAAGUGAAACCAAACCAAUUGUGGAUGAGACGAGGAAUGAUUUAGUAGAGGCAGCAAGUAGCAGCACACUAUUACAGGCAACAGAAGUGUUGAGUCAGUGCCCUACAAAGGUUGUAGCUGAUAGCAAUCAAUAUAGCCAUAUUACUUCAGAAGUAUUAGAUAAGACUGAAAGCGUCGUCCAAAACACAUUAGAGACGACGCCAGAAAAACAAAUUAUGGGCAGUGACGAAACACGCUCUGAACAGCCAAAGCAUAGCUACAAAGCAGAUAGAAAUAUUGAUAUUGACGGUGAGAGUGUUGAAUUGCCUCCCGUAGAUACAGCUACAAAAACAGCUACCGAUAUUGCAACAAAAUCAACAACAGAAAUGUUGCAACAAUGUGCCGAUAAGAAAACAACCAGAUCGUUAAGUAACAAUAGUAAUUUUUUGGAUAUGCUUAUGAAUAAGGUGCGUGGCAAAAAUGUACUUACAGAGACCGCCAGCAAUACGAAAGUUAUUCAGCCUACUCCGCAAGCUAAGGAAUCGGAUGAAACAAAUGUUGAGAAAGCGCCCGAUAACAACGAACAUUUCACCGAUUCAGGUGAAGAGUUCUUCGGUUUCGACGAGACAGAGCGUCUACCCGGCAUGUUGCUAACACCACUUGUACCAUUUUCGGCACAAUCCAAGGGUAAUGCUAAUGUAGCUUUCAUCAGUGAGUCAUUGAAUGAGUUUAUGCGUGAAAAUUUGCUUGAAAGUAGUGAUUGUGUUGCUGAUGGCAUUGACAAUGCCGCUGGCCGCAAACAUCGUCAGGCCACAUUGGAUGGUUUGGUCACACCCGACUGUAUACCGCCGCAAAUGCAGAUGCCUUUAGUACCAGAAAGUUUGCAAAAGUUACGAACGGUCGCUGAGAGACGCCAGUUUCUGCAAAAAUUCAACCGAAAUCAUAAGUUGGCGAUCAUAAAUAAUGAGGCGGCAAUUUGCCGAGAACUACAGCGAAAAAUGCGUCAUCACAAAUCGAAAAGCGUCUCACAACAAUCAUUACAGGCACCAAAUUCCCAAAUGCCAUUUACUCGUCAAGGUUGGCAAGCGGCUUCGUUUGUCACCACAGAAUUUAACCAUUAUUAUUACCAAACCUUGGAUGUGAUUGAUGGGAAUGAACGCGAGCGCGUACGCCUGCCUGGAGUUCGCGGCAACAAUGAGGAACGUAAUAAGCAACCAUAUGUCAGUCGAGUGCCGAGUAACUUUCUGCGGAAUAAAUGCAAUCCAAAUACUUGCAGUGAUGCCUUAAUAGGAAGAGAUUUGAAACCUGUAAAAGCUGAACCGGAUAAGAAAAAACUCAAUAAGACGCCACUGCCGAGUGUGUUCAAACCCUGCCCACUGUCACAUAAACCCUUCCAAAAACCGUUAGAUGAUGAGACUGCACCAUUGUUGUUGGCUGGCGGUAGCAUGGCGGUGGUGCGCAUGCCCAUUGUGGAACUGGAAGUUUUUCCUGCACUUGGCAAACCACUACACGACGUAGCCAAACGUUAUCUAGAUUAUAUACUCCCACACUGUGAUAUAACGCGUGAAUGGGCUGAGUUCAGCGUUUCUACAUUACAACAAUCAGCUGAAUGUAGAAAAAAUGAUGAUCAGUCGAAAGAUGGUGGUGAUGAUACCAAAGUACCCACUGAAUCGUACACAUUUCCCAUUCCAUAUAUGAACGAUCGCAGCCACAUACUGGUACGUCGUGUAGUUGAUCGUUCAGAGAAACUUGAUGAAACAUUUGAGGCGACCACAUCACCUAUAGAAGAUUUUUCAUUUCGUGCUAAUAUUGAUGAACGCGAUAGUGAAUUAGUCGAGUGUGCCGAUGUUCUAAGUGAGAUGAUAAAUAGCGUCGCUAUAAGUUGCAGUGAGAAUUCGUUCAUCAAAAUAGAUCCCGAUGGACUGCAAACCGAAAAGGAGGAGAAUGUGGAGUUGAAGCAAGAGAAAGUCGUCGGCAAACUGAAAGAGGAGAAAAGUUGCAACAUCAAAGCUCCGGAUGAUACGAAGUUGGUCAAUCAAGCUGUGACAAAUAAAAAACAGAACCGUCUUCUAUUAGAAUUGCGUCGCCUAAAUGCAACUAUAAUUGACGCCGCUGUAAAGGCUGAAAAAGGAGUGAAGCCUUGUACAAAGGAAUAUUGUACGUUUGGUUGUAUAUGCCAAAGUCUUGCCGAUGACUAUCCUUUGCGUCAACAUUGUGGCAAAUCGAAGUGUGUCAUAGAGUGCACCUGCAAAACUCCAUCUCAAUCUCGCAUAAUGCGUCUGGAAACAGAUGGGCGAUCAAUCACAACUGAAGACGCUUUUAUGCUACGUAGACAGGCCACUGCCCGACUAGCGCGUAUGGAGAAAGAAUUCACAUCCACAAUAGUGUUAACUGAAAAUGAAACUCUGCUUAUCAAUGAAUCACAAUAUGAUAAGAAACGGCGUUGUACCAAAGCGCCAAAGCGUUACGAAGACUUUGCAGACACGGAAGAAGAUUAUGCUGGGCGAACUGCAGCAAUUACGCCACCAAAGAAAACACAAAAUACCGCCGUUGUGGCAAUCGAAGCAGCAACAGACACGACUUUAAAUACUGGAUUUUCGGAGACAACUACUGAACUACGUGAACCCAUAUAUGUGAAUGAUAAUGUGUUGGAAAAACUCAAACAUUGCACGGUGCCACUAAUACGUUUGGAAAAUAUACAAAAUAUGGCGGUGUGGUGUAUGGUGCAUGAGUUAUACAAAUGUUAUUGUGGCGGUCGUGCUACCGAUGGAAAACCGCUCGUUAUCGAAAAGGAUUGCAAUGUGACCACUAGCAAUGAUCAAACGAAUGCUGGAAAUAAACAAAACGCUUCCACAGAGGACGAUUAUAUUGUAACGUCCACAAAAGCACGUUAUUCAUUUGAGACAGUUGAGCAAGCAGUCGAUGAAGCAGAUGCAGAGUCGCGCGAAGAAAAUGAGAUAUUCAGAAAAAGAAGAGAGAAACGGAAAAGUGCCGAUCGAAAAUCUCAAGGUAGUGUUGUGAAGUAUAAUAGUACAGACGAUGAACAAGAUGAAAGCGAUAGAGCAGAUGAGAUGCUGGAAGAAUCGUUGACUUCAGACUACGUUGGGGAUAUUGGUCGUGCAAAACGGCCGAAAUUGGCUAAACGGCUAGAACGACGUGGGCGCCCAAGCGAACUUACCUUCAUUAAUAAAUAUUUCAAUACCGAAGUAGACGGUUGCCGGCGUGUGGUUGUGGUGCCGCGCAAAACCUACUUACGUAUAAAUCGCAAACGGCGUGUGGAAGUUGAAGAAUUUAUAGCGAAGAACGAGAACAAACAGAGCAUGCUAUUGUUGAAUGAACACAUAAUGCGUUCAGUUUAUUACCACAAACAUGAGGUGGAAAAGCAACGUAAAGAAGCGGCACAGGAAUCGCUGUUACAUACGAAAAAACGCAAAUUAAAUGAUAUCGAGUUAACGGAACCGGAGGAUACACCAAACAAGGGUAAACAGUUGGACGAAGAACCGAUAGAGCCAGCGAAGAAGAAAGCGUUGCAUAAAACCGAACGACAAGUUGUUGAACUGAUUGAUGAAGAUUCCAGCCAGUCAUCGCUUUCUUCCUUACUUUCUGUGCCUGAUGGCAAGGCAACAGCUGACACAAAACUACAGAGUAAACGUAAACGGCUAGAAGAACGUAGACUGCAGAGCGGCAAAAAAAUUGAAGAUGAUACUGCAGUAUAUGAUAAUAGCACUCAUACUGAGGAAGAUAGUAAUCCGACCAGUAGCACAGCCGACUCGAAAACUACGCAGGUCAAAACGAGUGAAAAUACAAAGAUAACCGAAAAGGCGUACACUAUCAGCGACGAUGAUGCACAACCGUCGGUGUCGUCUACGGUUUCAGAAGGUGCCACAGACCUCAGUGCAGCUCCCUCGGAAUGUGCGGCAGCGGUAUCUUUAAAUAUGCAACCAUCACAAUCGCUUUCAACUUCGCGUUUGGAUUUCUUCAGAGACGUAGUGCGUAGUAUGAAUAAUUUGGUGAACAAAAAGAUGCAAGAUAUCGGAUUAGCGCUAAAACGUGAAAGCAAAGUGAUUCCCGCCCCAAAUAACGAUAUACUGUGUAUAAUUAAAUGGUCCAACUUUUUGGAUGCCUUUAUUGAAGGCUUCGUCUUUAUAUGGCAAGUUAAGCUGCGCGAUGAACAAACUUUCUUUGCUGCCACAAUAAAUAAUAUGAUGCCAAUGGUAUUGGAUGCUGUCGGUGUGGUGAACAUAGCAGCCUUACCAAUGCAACAACUGCCUCUAAUGGGUCGCAUGUUGCUGCAACGCUGUCGUACGCCGCAAACUCGUGAUCUGGCGAUUGUAAUGCAAGGGCGCGCAAAAUACUGGCUCGUUAAGGGUUUCUUGCGUGCCGAUAAAUCUAGUGCUUGUGCUAAGCCAACACCAAAGACACAUCCAUUGCUGACACGUAAAAUUAAUGUAUUAUCUAGCUUGUUAGCUAAGCAACAUAUACGUGAAUUAAACAAAAAGGUCGCACAGAAACAACUGGAGGAGCUAACAGCAACAACCGAAACGGCGAACGAACCAACACCAACUGCUACGCGAAAUAACGCGCCUACUCAACAAUCCCUGCUGCGUACACAGCCACCGCCAUUAGCCCAUUUGGAAAAAGAAACAACGCCAAUACAGAACAAUAAAAAUGUACAAAAGACAAAGUUACCCGAAGCAAGUGAAACUAAGAGCACUCUACAAAAGAAACCACAGCCGGCGAUAACACGCGCCACCCUACCAACUAGUACAUUGAGUACCAAAAAAUCAGAAGCUACGAAUAAGUUAAAAUCGGGCAACGGGUUAUCGAUGCUGCAAGAAUUGAUUGGCAACAGUCAGUAUUCGGAAAUGAAGACAAACAUUGUCUUCCGUAAAGUAAUGUCUCACGAUAUUGAUGAAAUGAAUGUACUGGAUGUUACAUCGGAGCCACAUCGUUGGCUAGUACUGGACCUUUAUAGGGAUUUUUCGCAUAUAUAUGUGCCGGAUUUCCAAGAACUGGUGUCACUUGAUCGCAUACAGAAAGUGAUGUCAUUCAGUAGGCAAAAGCAGAAGAUUGUCAAGUUGCAAUUCUUCAAGGACGCAGCAUACGAUGCUUUCGUGAUACCAAAUUCUGAACGCAAAAUCUUUUUUGGUCCGUUAAAACUGAAUAUGCCACCGCCCUUACUGAUUUUGCUACAAAGCGUUGAUCGCAAGAUGAUGCUUCGGGAAACAUAUCAGCAAAUGCACAACAUACAAGGUGGUGCAAAAGAGAGUACGACAGCAUUUUGGGUUGUACGAAAUAAUGGGCAGGUUUACUUGGACUGUAAAUUGGAUGUUUCCGCAACGAAUACCGCGAAGUCUGAAAAUGCACCCGUUGCAGAAUUGCAAGCCAAGGAAACAGGGCAGCUACCUGAAUCGGAUGAUGAUGAUUGUAUGAUUGUUGAGGAUGAAGAACCAUCAGGUUCAUUUUCAGUACUCGAGCCACUGCCUCAACCGAUCACACACACGAAUAUCACAGUGAAGCCAUUAUCAGAAUUACACUCAAAACUUAAUCCUUCUAUAUCAUCACGGCAGCUUACCAACUUUACAAUUCAAAGCAGCGCAAAUUCGAAUCGUUUGCAAAUAACAAAUAUGGGAACCACACCUAUUAUUAAUAAUAGCGCUGCGACCACUGCAAUAGAAACGCCUACCGCACAAUUGAAAAUGCUACAAAGUGGUAAUAAUUCUGAUUUGUUAACUAGCACACAAUUGCCGCAGCCACCACCGAUAACAAUGAAUGGACCACUAAAUUCUCAAUUGGUGCAGUUAACGAAUACAUCGCAGAGUCUAAUACCACCACUAGCAGACAAACAGUCCGCUGCUAUACUGUGCAGUCUACCACCAAAUGCGGUGAUUACGGGUGUGGCGCCAGCACCAAAGGAAGCGCCAUACGGUACGACAAUCUAUAUUUCCAAUAUCGCUUCCACCGUUCCCGUAGUCCCUAAUGGGGCACAAGGUAACGAUAAAUCAUUUGCCACAACUGUUGAAAACAAUGCUCAGACUUCAGCCAAAACCAGUGGCCAAACUGUCAUCAAUACGUCGGAAAAUAUGUCAAACGUUAGAUUUCUCACACCUGACGUACGUGUUACGGCUACCGGAGACACCACAUCGAACGAAUUGUUUACCACGCCCGCUUUGACCACAAUGAGUAACAGUAAUUCCGGCUUUGUCUCAUUGCCUGUCAGUCAACAACUGAAUAGCUUAUUAGACAAGCGAGGGAGUGUAGGAAGUUCAACACAGUCGCCAUCCUCAGCGGAAAUCACAACGAAAGCUGUGCCACAGACUGCCACAGAACGACAACACACAACGGGAGAGGUGAAAUCUUCGAAUAACAUCUCACCCGGUGAUUGGAAACGCUUUCUAAUGGGUGAUAAUGGUAAACGUUCAACUAUAGGUUCGACAACAAUCACUAAAAUGACUGAUAAAUAUGAAUCUGAUGGCAAAUUGGUGAUGAAUAUUGAGGGUGAUGAAUUUGAACCCGCUGCAUCGGUUCUUAUUAAACCGAAUGCGCCUACACUACCCAGUGAAGCGCCUGUAGUGUCAUCGGUUGCUGGUAUGGAGUCAAAUACAAAUAAAUGCACAUUAAAUGGCACAACUGCAAUUACAGUCGGCUCAACAGCAAUUGCUGCGAAGACGAAAACAGCAACAAAAUCUGCCACGCUUGCCGUUUCCCGACCAAACACUUCGUCGACAAAUACGACGAUUACGAAUGUGCGAUUUAGAUCAUUGCCGACUCAAAAAGAGCCAAAACUUGCGCAACCGGUAACAACGACAGUUAUUUUUAAAUCGUCUACACCGACACACGGCUCAGCGCCAAGAACUAAACCAACUACAUUAAAUUCCAUAGUUGCAAUGUCGAAAGCGCCAAGUGCUUCCACAUCAAAUGCCACAACUACGCAACAAUCUUUCAAUCAGCAGCUAAAAAUAUCGUCACAUUCAAUGCAGCCGUCAAAGGCACAAUCUUUCGCUUCUCGUCAAUCGUUACCGAGUACGUCGCGCAGUUUAAUAAACUCACCGAUGACAAAUGGCGGUAGUGUUAACACGCCUAAACCGUUAAUAAACAUUAGACCAGCAAUACCAAUACCACAACGUGUGAGCAUCACAAAAACUACAACACAACGUUUGAGCGAUUCGGCGCUUUUCGCUCCAAAUAUGCUUAAUAAUAGGCGGCUGAGCGUCCCAAAUUUGCCCACAAAGCCUGCUGAAACUGCUAAAACUAACACACAAUUAGCAAAAACCAAGUCGAGUGAACAAUAUGGUGUGCUUUGCUCAAGCGCGAAUGAUGGUUCGCCGAAAUUCUGGGCGAAGCGUAUGCAUAAUUCAUAUUUAAUUAAAGUACCGGGUCUAAGCAGCGUCGUGCAUCGUACAGACUUGGAAAGUGUUGACACGUAUUUGAAUCAGCAUCUGCUGAAACAAAGUCCCGCCAUGAAAUCGAAGCUUCCCAUUAAGUGGAAGUUUGUGCCAUCAGAACAAUUGAAUCUGCCAAUUAAAAGGUUGACAGCUAAGAAGAAUGAAAAGGUGGUUGUGCGUUGUGCAAAGCCGACAGAAAAUAGCGCAUCUGAGUCCAAAAGCGUUAAGUUGAGUACAGAUUGCAAUGUUGUGAAAGACGCAGACAAUGCUACAGCCACAACACUGGAUAAAAACUGUUGUGAACCAAUUCUAAUCGAAGAUUAAAAACUAUAAAAGACACUAAUUUUAUACUUGAAGUCCAAUAUGCUUAUCUUUUAUACAUACUUACAUACAUAUAUCGCUUGUUAGUAAGCUUAUCUAUUUUGAAAGGAAUUGAAUCUCAUUUAUCAGUUAAUGUUAUUAUUACUAUUAUUAUUAUUUGAUUAACUUAAAUGCAACUUAGUAUAACAUAUAGGUUAUAUGUGGUUCAUUCCGUAGUAAUUUUAGUCGCUUUAUGCUGUUAAAGUAUUCGCAAAGGGUUUGUAAAAAUGAAGAUAUGUUUAAUGAUCGUUUUUUUGUUUGCUAUUAAUGUAUUGUUUCUGAAAUUUUAGGUAUACGAUAGAUUAGUUUGCUUUUUUGCAUAGAGCUUGUGUGCAUCGUUGUACUUGCACAAAGAAUAAAUAAGAAAUGAGUUAUUAAAUUACCUGUAAAAUAAGAAAUAUCAAAUUUAAAUGAAGUAAAAUUAAAAUUAAAUCAACAAU